AUGUCGACUUUCACCGCCCUCAACGGGGCCGACCAGAAGCCUGCGGAACCCGUCAUCAAUGUUGCAGAGGAACCGAGAGAGCCGAGAGAACCCAGACCGGUUUCCGCUGGCCGAGUGAACGGUCAAACUCCCAUCACGCCCUCCUCCUCUUUGCCAGAUGCCCAGAAACCCGCCGAGACGCCGAGGGAGAACAGAUCGAACUCAACUCAAGAACGGCCCGCCUCAUACACGCAGUCGACCCACGCCGAGGCAGAGAACUCUCAUAAGCGAAAGAGGUCGGACGCUGAUGAGCUGCGGAGGGAUCCGCCGCCUCCCCAAGAGAGGUCGCCCCGAGAGGAACCCAGCCGACCGGCCCAUACGGAUGCCAGGAUCGCUUAUGACGGCAGGGAGAGGGAGUACCGGAGAUACGACGAUGAGCGUCGGGAGCGCGAAGGAUGGUACAGGGAGCAGAGCCGCGACAAGCCGUCGAGCUACGAGCGCCAACAUUUUCAGCCGUCGCAAUCCUCGCAACGCCGCCAAACCCCGCCUUCGCACCAAACGGCCGAAGACAAGAGCUCUGAAUCGGCUCGAAAGGAGACGGACUACCCUAACACAAGCCCCGACAUUGACGACCGCUCGAUUUCUGUUUACACCGGAUCCCCUUACACCGCGGAAGGUAGGAAAGACACGGUGAUUCAGGUAGAUCCGAAAAAGAGGAAGCGCAACUUCAGCAACAGAACUAAAACGGGUUGCAUGACGUGCCGAAAGAGGAAGAAGAAGUGCGACGAGCAAAAGCCCGAGUGCUCGAAUUGUUUGCGCGGUGGCUUUCUCUGUGCGGGUUACCCACCACAAAGAGGCCCAGUGUGGCAGAAGCCUGAUAACAAGGCAUCCGCAAUUCCGUUGGAGUCCAAAGACCCCAGCUAUGUCCCUCCCGGGGCGUAUGGGAUGCCGCAGCAACAAAUAUCUCAGCAGCAGCAGCAGUCAUCCCAGCAGCAGCAGAAUCACUAUGCUUCUGCUUCGGCAACUGCACAAAAGCCCCCACCGCUACCGCAACUCCAGAAGCGCGAUCCCAUUACUUCAUACCGUGGCCAGCCCUUGAGGAUAGACCCUCCUCAAGGACGACCUCUUGUCUCGGAUGAUGACAGGCACACGGCGUCGACUAUUCCCAGUGCGUCCAUUGCCAGUCCAGACAACAAGCUCUCGGCCCUCUCGUACACGCCGGGUGCCAGCGUCUUCCCCACACCAGUCAGCGCAAACGCGGGUCCGGCCCCGCCGUUCUCGGAAAGGAUGCCCAAAGAGUAUCAGAGAGUACCCCCGCUCCACGACCUCACUAGGACCGAACCGGAGCCACCUCAUCACGGAACAACUCUGCCGCAGAUUAAUAUUCUCCACCCAACAAGGACGAACAGCCCUAUUGCCCACCAGACAGCUACAUCAAGCGCCCAGGUUGCGGCGCAGCUCGCUCUCGCACAUACUCAAUACGCGCCGGCUGCGAGUAGGCAGCGAACUCAAAAGGAGGAAAUGUUGUCCGGCAGGCACUUUUACCCGUUCGACAAGGAGCUCGUGUUGGAGAGGGAGAGGUGCAAUGCGGCUUGCUGGAGGUUCAACAACGCGAUGAACCCUACCAACGGAGUAUCUCCUUUGGAGCGAGCGCGGCUCUUCCGUGAGAUCUUGAAUCCCCGAGACCCGAUUCAAAUGUCGCCAAAUCUGAUGACGCAAGUCACCAAUAUUGGCCGCGUGGGGGAAAACGUGGUGGUGGAGGCGCCAUUUGUCUGCGACUAUGGGUACAAUAUCAGAAUCGGGCAGAACGUGGUCAUUGGACGGAAUUGCACCAUCACGGACACUUGCGAGGUCAAGAUUGGAGACAACUGCCACAUUGGGCCCAACGUUAGUAUUUACACGACGUCGCUUCCCAUCGAUCCGAAGAGGCGGAUGGGCAGCAAGGGCCCACAGCUCGGCAAACCAGUCAUUAUUGAACCGGAUUGCUGGAUUGGAGGCGGUGCGAUAAUCCUUCCCGGCCGCACGGUCGGCAAGGGCAGCACAGUCGGCGCCGGAUCGAUUGUUACCAAGGAUGUACCACCGUUUACAGUCGUUGUUGGAAACCCUGCGAGGGUAAUCAAGGGCGUCUCGUCGUGA